ACUCUUUGUUUUAUUAUACUUUAGUAUUUAAAUGAUGAUCUAUCAAUUAAUGGCUUCUUCUUUUUGCAUUUUUAGUAGAAAAGAUGUCUAAGCGGAAGUGUUUGAGAUUAAUGAUAGAUAAAUGUAGACCGUCUAAAGGUAUUUUCAUUGAAACUAUACUUCUUAUAUUGUGGCUAUUUAUAAUUUCCAUUUUUUAUUAAUAUAUUAAUUUGGUUUUAUUUUAUUGUUUUUAAUAUAUUCAUGAAAUCAUUUAUCUUUAAUGAAAGGGAAGUUCUACUUUAGGUUUUGAAGGCUUCAUGCAAAAGGUUGUGAAUUAUAGCUACAUAUCAAAGAGGCACACAUCUUUGAGCGCCGCCGCCAAGGAAAAAACAAAGCCAGAUCGAUUUCAGGAAAACGCGCCACCAAGACAUCGACCAAACAACCCCAGAUCGCCAGAUAAUUCUUCCGAUCCUGCUAUGGCUUCGCCGUCCGAUCCCUCGCAAUUGGCCCAUAGGAAACAGCAAAAGGGGCCUCCUUUCAAGUUCCUAGUUCCUCUCAUUUACGCUCCUGUCCUCCCUCUAAUUCGACUUGGUUUGAGGAAGAAUCCAGUUCUGAGGGACCGUUUGUUUACGCUUGUCUUGGCUGGGGGUUUUGCGCACGGCCUUUAUUUGGUGUAUCCUUUUUAAUCCUGUUUUAUUCAUUCCACAACUUCACUGUUUCUUUCUUGUUAUUGUUAUUUUGCAGAUAUGCUCUAGUUUUAUGAAAAUUGUAGAUUCUUAUUCAACUUAUAUUGUCUGAAUCUCGUUUGCUUUGUGCCUAGUCAAAUGUUACCUUUAAAAAUUGUUUGUUGUUAAUUUACAGUUUAUUGACUGUAAUUUAGCAUUACAUGUGCAUGAUGUUCAAAUGUGAGUAGCUCUAUACGUUAGUUAUAGGUACAUUAUAUCUUUGCCUUUUUGUGAGUCAUGCUCUCUUCAUGGCACAGAUAUCAGCACUUUAGUUAGAGGUUAUCCCGUUGUUCAGUUGUGCAACCAUUCUUUUCUUUUGGGACUGAGGAAUUGGUGGAUGUUGUCAUUUGUAUGAAACACUAAGGGAGAUGGUUUCCCACAUGUUUUAAAACUGAAGCACCUUCUCGAUCAAUUCUUUCUCAAUCAAUUAUGUGCAUUGAA